AUGCUGAAGUGGGCAGUGUACAAAAAGAAUCAAGAAGGUCAAACUAAUAUUAAUUCACAAACUGAAAACCAAGAUCUUAAUUCAAAUAGACGGUAUGAGGACAGAUCAAGAAGAUCUUUGGAUGGACAAGCAGUUAAAAAAAGUAAGAAACCUAGUCGUUACCAAAGACGGUCUAUUGGAACUACAGCCAGGAAAAAUAAUAAUAAAAACGUAGAUAAAGAAAAUCUUAAUUUUAUAGGCAACACUCCUAAUUAUUAUAAACCUGGUUUUAUAAAAAACACAGAAAAUAUUAUCUUGAAAGAUGUUAGCAAUAUUACUCCUACAUCUGUAACUCCUGUUAAAAACUUUGAAAAUUUUAAUUUCUAUCGUGAUGAUGCAAGAUAUGAAAUACCACCUGAGCUGCCUCCAACUCCACCAUCCUACAGUAGAAGAGUAAGAGAGGCGAAGAAAAGAAAAUUGGAGAUGAAUAGUUUAAAUAAUAGCGAAGGUUUUAUAAGAAAUAGUUGCACUUACAAAUCUGAAAGGAGAAUUAAAAACGUAGACAGAAGUGUUUUAUGUUCCCCAAAAAUGAGUCACAGUACUUCUGAGCCAUCUUUAAACGAACUUUCAGACAGGCUCAGUGCAACAACUACAAGUAGCAAAAGUUCAUUAAGUAUAGAUAGAUACAAAAACAAAAGUAAACCUAUUUGUACUACAAAAACUGCAAGUGAGGGUAUAGCUGAAAUAGAAUACGACAAAGAUUUAGUAAUAAACUGUUUAGAAAAACCAAUAAUUAUCAAUAAAAAUGAAAUAGAUAAAUCAACUUUACCCAUAUUUGGUCAUAGCCUUUUCAUGGAUAACCCUGUAUAUUUAAAUAAGAAUGAUAAUAAUCCUCUUAAUAUAAGACCUUUAAAACGAACUAGGAAAAAAUCAAAUGACUUUGAAAGUUGCUUUAAAUCUCCAUCAGUAGAUAAAAAAGAUGCACAUACUCUCGUUAGACAUGGCUGCUCUCCGGUGUCCAUAACUCCCUUGUCAGUUAAAUUGGAGGCUUUAAGGUUUAGCACUAUGAGUACACAUAACGUGAAAAGUAAAAUAACUCCAUUAAACGAUGUUACACAAUACUUUCCUAAAAUUGAAAAUCCUUUUAAUAUUAACUUAAAAGACGAAGAAAGCUCAACAGAAAUGGAAAAUAAAUUUAUUUUAGGCAAAGAUUCAUUAACAAAUGCCUCGGAAUCUACAGUAUCAACUACUCAAAUGGGGGAUGUUACUCUAGAGAAAAUGAUUGAAGAUAUUAUAAAAAGCACUAAAAUAGUUAAAUCUAAGAGGCGAAUCUUAAAAAAUAUUGCAGAUCCGCAGCUAACAGUUGAAGAAGAAAUGCCUCAUAUAGACACUGUUAAAGAUUUAUUUGUAAAACCUCAGGCUGAACACAAGUCAUGUUUAAUCAAAGAAGCUAAAUAUGUAAAUCUAUCUCGAGAGAGCUCUAUAUCGCCCAAAAAUACUCCAACUAAGAAAAUGUUGCCUAUUCAUAGAGUCAAUGAUAAACUGUUAAAGAACGUUCCAAUAGGAUGUUUUCUAUUAGAUGAUGGAGAUGGCUACAACGAAAGGGAAGUCCGUACACCUGAUAAAUUUGAAGAUACGAAUUUAUUACUAACAAAUCCUACUAUCGAUGCAAAUAAACUAUGCAGAUCUUAUUCAAUGAAUAAUUCAUGUAUUCUUAAAAGUAAUCGAGAAAGCUCAAUAUCAGAAUCAACGCCGGAUUUAUUUAAUACUUCAAAUGAAAGAAAUAUAAGAUUAAGAAGACAAAGAUGUAUUCGCAAAAAAAAACUUACAGUGAGUAACGAAAGUCUAUGGAAGCAAAAACACACUGAAGGAAACUCACCUAAAUCAUCACUACUACGUACUCUGGAAAUGAGUAUACCUAGUCCCGCGUUAGACUUGCAAAACGUAUCGUUAUGUGAGCCUUUAAAUUCUCCCUUAAUAGUAAACCAGACAAAUGUACUCACAGAAAAUGAAAAUUUACGUAACACAUCGGUUCUAAAAAAUGUUUCACACAGUAGUUUAAAUUCUUAUGAACAAAUUACUCAAAAUAUGAAAACUAGAGAAUUAUUUGGAUUGACUUUAGCAAACGGUAUACCGAGUCCUAUCACUCCAGCUGUGAGUCUGAAGCGACAAAGCAACGUUCUAAGUGACGAACGAGCUAGUAAAACAAGCAAAUUAGAUGAAGAUUUAAUACCAAAUGAUGCUCUUACUCCUGUUAUAGAAUAUAAGUCGUCAAGAAGAUGUCUAACGUAUUCUCCAGAGGAAAGUAGUAUAAAUAGUAGCGAGGAAAAACGUAGAAGUGUUGCUAGUAAUCGCUUAGAACGAAGCACAGAUAGAUUUCAAGCCUUAAAAGCGACUAUAGAUCUCGAAAUUAAGACUAAACAAGACAUAAUAGACGUUCACGUUGUUCGGUGCCGAGACCUUCAGAAAUCAUCUGGAAAGACAGAAGACAUUAACGCUUAUGCAAAGGUCGUCAUCAGCGGUGUAAAUGAAAACCAGUCGUUACCGUCGCAGAGAUCAAUUUUCCAAAGAACAUCGGUUCUUUAUGGAAAAAGAGAGCCAGAGUUCCAGCGACACCUGAAACUGCCUUUACCGACUGCAAUCUACGACCAUCAAAUACUACAUGUUUCUGUUUGGCACAGAGACAAGAAGUAUAGUUAUCCCGACCACGUCAAAAUCAAUUGGAGCAAAGAUCAUCUUAUUUGGAUUGCAAAUCCUCUCAUCGGUUACUGGCAUCACCUUCAAAGAGGGCUCGUCGGUGUAAUUGGGCGGAGCGAGUUUCUAGGAUGCGUCUCGUUCCCACUGAAAGAUGCGAUUAAGAGUGACGUCAGCGGGACCUACUUCUUGCAGCAGGUCUCCGGUAGGCAGGGCGCGACGCCGGCGCCCACGCACGAUAGGUGCCCUAAGGAAGAACGCGUGACUGAAGACCGACGCAAAAUGGCCACAGACAAUACGGAGACCAGCACCAGCGACGGCGUUAAAGAAAAUCAUAAUGAUAAAGGAGUGGCAACAAACGGUCCCGCUUGUGGUGCAUCCGGCAGUCAAGCACAAGCGGUUGCUGCAGCUUUACAAAGGGAGGCUGACGAGCACUUGUUUUUGCGAUACUUGGAACUUGAUCCGCCGGAGGACCCAGCAGCACCGAGACGGGCGCCUAGAAACGGACGCACGCCAUUCACCACCACGAGAAAGCUCAUCCGCGGUACUAGCAGUGGUUUUGGUUUCACAGUGGUCUGGACUAGACCACCCAGAGUGGAGAGAGUGGCAGCAGGCGGGUCAGCUGAGCGGGCGGGGCUCAGGGCUGGAGACUAUAUUGUGUUCGUUGGCAACAAGAACGUGGUCACUGCCAAUGAGGAGGACGUGCGGAAUCUUGUUAAAUCAGCUGGUCAAACUCUGAUAAUAGAAACGUUUAGGAGAGUGCCUCAGAACGGUGUCGGAGUCCGGCCGCGACUAACACAAGUGACAAUUCCUCCGGUCCCAGCUGAAUCAACGCCCCCUCCCCCACCCCGCUCACCCCGGAGUGCAGCGCUCGCAUCUCCUGCAGCAGCCGCUCGACCGCCUACUGCUUGCUCCUCUACCAGUCAAUCCCUCGACAGGCGCAAACUUCAUCUACCACAAGUCACAUUUUCGAAGGAGACGCCAGGUGCAUCGAGCGAUGGAAGGAAACGUGCACUCCUCGCGGUAAUUGCGAGGGAGCAACAUUAUGCCACCUGUCUCCAGUUUGGGCUAGUCAGGUUCGUUUCGCCGCUAGCAGAGAGAGCUGAUCUAAUCGUCCCAAGUGAUCAUCAGCUACUGUUCCAGAAUAUUGAGGAGAUUUUCAGGCUAUCCGAAGAUAUUCUUGAUCAAGUAGUACAAGACGAAGGAGAAAUACAAACGUCGACAGUUGUCGCAGUGUACUUACAAAAAACUCCAGUAUUCCUUAGCCUUUAUAAGAAGUAUUGCUUAGGCCUGAAACGAGCUGAUUGUGUCUUGGUGAAAAAAUCUAAAGAUCCAAGUGGAGCGUUCUCUCGAUUUUGUACGAGCCCACCCAUACCGCGAAGAAGACCCGACAUAACGUCUUUAAUACACAAACCUUUAGAACAGUUCAGAGAACUGCUAAGGCUAAUGAGAACGGCCGCCAGUGUGAAUGGCGCCGGACCUUACGAUCAGCUCGAAAAGAAGCAGCUACAAGUCAUUGUUGAACAGUUACAGGGUGCAUACCAGGAUGUCACUGCAGGCUCCGGGUUAAUGGGUUUAGCUGGAGAUGGUAAGCCGUUGCUGUCAGUUGCUGACCUGGAAAGUCGAUUGGUGUUCACUAGAUGUAAGCCGUUCGUUUUAAGCACUCCAGGCAGGCAAUGGAUUUUUGGGGGCGAAUUGUCCAGGGUUGAAGGCCGAGCCAUCAGACCAUACUGGGCACUGCUUUUUAGCGAUCUUUUACUGUUUGCCACAGUGUCAAGAGACAGGGUCCUCUUCGUCACCGAAGAACCCGUCUCCUUGGCAUCGGUGUCAGAUGCUCAAUUCAAUAUUAGGAAAAAAGCAACGGAAUUUCGUCUCAUACUUGGUCGUGCUGGUGGAGAAAGUCCGUUGGUUUCCUGCUCACCGCGAACACCAGGGCGAGCCCGACCCAUUGUCCUUCGAGCACCUUCAAUAGAUUUAAAAGCUGUGUGGCAAAGUUUACUUCAAAGACAAAUCUACCGAGCUCACACGAUGUCAGGCACGCCUCUCGGCUCACCACUAGACUCACCAGAUCCACAGCUGACUUUCUCUUUAGCAACCCUGGAUUCACAACAACGCCAGACACGUCGUAGUUCAGCUGAAACCCAAACGGGUGCCGGCGGUAGUGCUGCAGAAGGAGCAAGGAGCAGUCGCAGUAGAGGAUCAACUCUCCAUUUACAAAGGUGGAUGACACAAUUACCAGAAGCCGAAGAGUUAGAUCCACCUGAACCUGAAAUGGAGAUGUGGAGCAUAGAAGAAUUAAGAAAGAGAUCUAGAGAACUAAAUCUACUCGAAGUAGCAGAUCUUAUUACCAAGAAUGGUGAAGCCAAAGAUUCAUCGCCAGAAAAGAAGGAAAAUGAUCGAAGUCCUUCGAAGAGCAGUAACUCUGAUAGCCAAAUAACUGUACGAACCAGUCCCGUGGUUGUUGACACUAUACCGGUCUGCAGACAAUGUCACAAAAAAUGUCUCUCUAAGCCAAAUAGUCCUUUAGUAUCCCAAAAAGAACCACCUACUCCGCCAAAGAUCAAAAAUGAUGCUUCAUCCCAGAUAUCUAAUUCAAAUAAAAGUUCUAACAGCAAAUGUAGUGCUAAAUGUGAUAAUCGUAAGCAAAAAUUUUUUUGCCACUUAGAACGUAAAGGUGCUAUAAAAUUACGUCCUGAAGAUGCUGCCUUAAAAGUAAUAGACUCUAUAGAACAAAGUCAGAAAAUGCUGAAAUCUACAUCGUAUGACCUUAAAACUGACUCAUCAGUACUAAACAAUAAAAUGACCAGAAGUCGUACGAAAAGCAGUCUGGAACUUAAAAAAGACAAUUCAAUUAUGUCUCCAAGCCCAACUUCUAGUAGCAGAAAUAGUCCUCUUUCAACUAGUCAUACAACUUGUAGUUCAAUGGUAUUUAAUUCAAGUUCAAAUGAUCUUCGAACUUCUAAUUCGAAUAUUUCUAAUCAAGUCCAAUGUGUAAUAGCACAAGAGAAGUACAUUAAUGAAGUUAAAUGCGUCGAAAGCAUUACGUUACGCAAACCAAAGUCAUCUUUGUCUAAUUGUUCAUCUCCGGCGUCAAUCAAGAAAGAGCAAAUAACAAGACAAAAAGCCGAAAAUUGUCUUAGUAAAGUAUUAGGAAUGAAUAUUAUUGCUAAGCGAGAAAAUAUUGGGACGUGUCUAAAAUCUUCAUCAGUUUUCUUAGAUGAUGACUCAAUACAUGAAGAUGACAAUGAUUUUAAAAUAGAACGAGGUCUUAAAAGAUCACCUAGGAUGAGUAUAGCCGAUGUGGGCAAAAUGAACGGGGAUAUAAAUAAAAAUACUGAUAGAACUGGACACGUUAAGGCACAAGCAAAUGCAAAUGAUGCGCUAUCUGACGAAGACUUAGAAUUGGGUCCAUUAAUGUUAAUGGGUCUUUCUGCAAUAAACCCCGCUGCCCAUCUUAUGCAAGUAGAACCAUUUAAAAGAAAUUCGGAAAUAGGUAUGAAUAAUGUUCAUUCGAGACCAGCAAGCCUAUGCUCAGUGAAUUCAGAAUCCCCCGUGCCUAAUAUUGCAAUAGUUCCACCUACACCUGACUAUAGCACAACUAAUAAGACUGAUGGUUUUAUGGAUGAUUCUCCUGAUUCUCCAGAUGCACCCGAAGACCUCCCGUAUGUUACUUUAAAAAGAUAUGGCACUAUGUCAAGCCUUGAGAGGCUUCCAUCCGAUGAGACUGAUGAUGGUAAUGUAAGACUGACUACACAAGAACCCGAAUUACCGAAACAACACAAUAAUUCAGCAACAAACACGGACGUAUCUGGUGGAACUGGUGGAACUGGUGGUAUAAUGGGAUGGACAGCAAGGGCUGGAUCGUUCGUUGUAGAAAAAAUGAACAUUUUCAGUUACACAGAGAGUGUUCCUAAUACUUCGAUUGCACAUAAGCAACCGUCUUUCUUGGAAAGGUGGCAAACGACUCAAGAAAACAAAAUGCGAUAA